CAUCAUGUCCCGCUCGGAAGAGGUGAACCGGCUGACCGAAAACGUCUAUCGGGCAACCCUGAAAAAGUAUCAAGCAGAACAUCGUACCAAAGCUGAAUCAAUCGAAAAGUGUCAGACUGAGCUGAAGAAACUGCGAAAGAAAUGCCAGAGUAGCAAAAACCCACUGAAGUAUGGAGAUCGUGAAGUGCAGGUGCGGGAGCUGUUGUCAGGCAGACUGCCCAUUUGGCAAACAUCGUGCACCCAACCUACUCGUUUACCUGAGCGGGCAUUGGCUCUGGUCAAGCUCACCGCCAACAACACCACAGCUGGCAUUUCUGCCCCAGGCGUGGAUCCACUCCUUGUCUCUAAGACCCUGGAAGAGCCUUUAGAAUUGGGACAAAGUCACCGGACUUCAAUCCAGGAAGGAACACUGCUGCUCAAUGGGGAUUUGCACCGUGGGCGGGGAUCCCGUGACUCCAGUCGCCUGUCAAUCAGCGCGCCUCUCACCAACACCACCCCAGGUCUGAUCCCCACCAAGCCCACUCAGAGCUCUUCACAAAUCAAGGUUGCUGACAGCUAUUCUUGCACUCUGCCAAUUCCACGCAAAAUGUCCAUGGAAACUCGCCUGGCAACUGUAGUAGAGAACAAGACCCUGCCCCGCAUUAAUCUUCUUUCAAUCCUGCCUCCACGUUCCGAGCGUCCAAGAGUCCAGGCAAUCUUCUCCCACUCGGCAGGAGAGAACAGCACCCUUCUCAACUUCCAAGAGGGAGAUAUCAUCCUGUUAUUGGUGGCUGAGGCGAAGGAUGGCUGGCAUUAUGGGGAAAACGAGACAACCAGAAUGAAAGGUUGGUUUCCGUUUUCCUACACACGACCCUUUCCUUCAGCUGAAGGAGCUAACAAAGGACUCAGCAGUGGCUUCCCUCUUAGCAAGAUGAACAGUAGCAGCGCAGGAAAUUUGGAUCGAGCUGCAUCUCCUCCUGCUGGACCUGAUGGGGAAGAUGAUUUAAAGUUUGGCCCUUCAGCCCGUAUCUGUGCAUCUCGACAACGACCUUUCAGCAUGUUAAAUCCUGACCGGUCACAGUUGACAAAUGAGUUUGGAAGUCCAUCUGCCUCUCCUUCAAGGAUCAAUCCCUUUGCUCAUGUUAAGCUGAAACGUACGGUGACCAAUGACCGCUCGGCCCCACUCAUCCAGUGAAGUGUGCAAUGUUAAGUGGAGAUAGACCGCUGCCCUGCUUUCCCCUCUUUCCCUCACCACGUGGCCUUUCCCACCUAACAUGCUACUUCUGGCUCAUAGUAGGUUUCGCAGGCCAGGCUGGUCCAGGCGUUCCACCCUCCCAUAAUGGCACAGAAAAAGUCCACAAACUCGACACACAACAAAAAGGCUUUCAUUGGUGGUAGCAAUUCCAGGAUGCUGAGAAGGCAAGCUAACGGCAGGAGGACAGUAACAGCCGGAGAGGAGCUAGAGUUUGGGUGCAAGUAAUGGAGGCAGAGGUGUAACAGUUGGAUAAACAGGCAGGAGAAGGGUGAAGGAUGUGGGGACAGGUGGAAAGAGGUCAGAUGGAAGGAAAAGGGAGAUGAAAGAGAGCUAUGGAUGGCAUGUUACAGAAUAUUCAAAUGAAGAUAAAUUCAGCGAAUGUGGGUCUCUGAAUGUGAUGCAUGUUUCUUACAAACUCAAAGCUUCCACUGAUCAGAAUCUUUUUGCAUUUUCUUACCCACUUUGGCUAAAAUUCCACAUGCAUGUUCUCAGAAAGAAGGUACUGGUAGUCCUCGACUUACGAUCACAAUUGAGCCCAAAAUUUUUGUUGCUAAGUGAGACAUUUGUCAAUUGAGUUUGGCCCCAUUUUUCGACUUUUUGUGCCAUAGUGAUUAAGUUAACCACUAUAGUUCCUAAGAUAGUAACAUGAUUUUUAAAUGAAUUUGGCUUCCCCAUUGACUUUGCUUGUAAAAAGGUCACAAAACUUGAC